GUUUCAAACAAUCCCCCGUCAUUAUGCCACACUGUGCUAUUCACCAUUUCCCGGCCUAUUCAGUUAUCCGGAUGACUCUAGUUUUCUCAACAUCUUAUUUCCACAUAAAUUAAGUCCCUUUGCAAAAUUCAUAAUCACCUAUCCAGACGAAAUAUUUCAAGCUAAUCAUGGCUCCUCUGAAAUAAUUGAUUCUCCACUUUUUCAUGCCAUAGUCAAGUUCAAGUGGCGUACCUUUGCGCGUUAUCACUUCUUUAUGAUUUUUUUUAUAUAUCUCGCUUUCUUUGCCUUUUUUAUUGCAGCGAUUGAAACUAACAGUAUGCCACUGCUUAUUAUAAGCACUAUCAUGGGAACAUUUCAAUCACUCUGCGUAUUCCGAUAUGGUAUUAUAAUGUAUUUGAACGGUGUUGGAAUCAGAUUUUUUACCCCUACAACAUUUCUUACAUUUUCAGUAACUGUCUUUCCUGCCAUUACUGCAUUCAUGGGGAUUUUCAUAGAACCAAGUAAUAACUUACUCAUUCUUUUCCGUGCUUUAUCAAUGAUUUUCUUAUGGAUUGGUGCAAUCGAAUUCUUAGUAGCCUUUAAGAGGAUCGGAAUUUUCAUCAUUGCUGUUGCACAUAUUUGCAGAGAGGUUACGUGGCUAUUUAUCUAUUUAGCCUUGGUUAUACUCGCUGCUUCUCACGGAACAGUGAUCUAUUCCUCUAUGUUACUUGAUUAUAAUCAAGUUCCAAUGACUGAUGAAUCUUAUACAAAGUUUCAAGAUCUUAUUAAAUAUUCUAAUUCACUCAACGCUUAUUGGUCGGCGUUUCUAAGUGACUACGGUUCAUGGCCAGAAGGGGAUAAAUUUAUAGCUAUCGCCAAGGUCGCAUACUCACUUUUUAUAACUGUCGUAAUUUUGAAUCUUAUGAUUGCACUUGUAAAUAAUGUUUAUUCAGAUGUACUUAAUCGUGUAAACACUGAAUGGUCCAUGGUACGGGCACAAAUUAUCGUAAUUAUUGAACUCGCUACGUUGACGCCAGCUGAUCGUCAAAAUAAGGAUUAUUUUCCUUGGACUAUAUUUUAUAAAGCCUUCACUGAGGAUGUUGAACUUUGGCAAAAAAAGCUCGAAGAUGAUGAUAUAUCAGUUUCACGAGAUCAAAUUCAAUUGUUAAAUAAGAUGGCAGAUAAAAUGAAAGACGAAAUAAACAAAAUAAAAGAUGAUGAUUUGAACAGAACAAAGAUGAUAGAUACAUUAAAAGAGUUAAAGCAACUCUUCUCUAAGUAGAUGUUUGCAUUUAAACAGAAACUAUGUAUUAAAUACAUUUACCGUAUAGUAAUGCCUAAAUUAUGCCCUUUUCAUGUAAAUUACUCGUCUCGAAUAUAUCGAUUAUGUAUAUAAUUUUUUAAAUUGACGUUAACAUAUUUAAUAAUAUUAUUAAAUUUUUCAUUUCUAGUAUUAGCAGUAUUGAUGCCAUACCUGAGAGUAUUACAAUAUAAAAAUACUUUGUAAAAAAACUCAACGGUGUUAUAUAUAGC